CGGUGUCAUCAUCGGCACAUGCCUUGAUGAUCAGAGAAGAAGGAAGCGCCACUUUUCUCUGCUCCUUUUUCUUUUUCAGAAUCAUCAUCUAUUUCUGGGCUGGCCGGAAAGCGAAAUGCCAUCACCGCUGAACUUUUAGCCGAGAAAGAAGAAAGAAAAAAACAGAGAGAGAUCAUGGGGGAGAAAGCUUAAAAUUAGAACGCCAGAGCGUCCCCAGGCAAUAAUUGAGCGGACAAGGCCAUCCCAAUCACUGCCAUAAACAUGUGUUCCGUGGAGUAUUAUAUAAGUGAUCGAUCGAAGAGGUUGCUGAUAAUAUAAAGGAGGUGGAGAGGCCGGCCCCUCUGGCCUUUGCUCUCCUUCCUCCCACACCUGCCCUGCCCUGCCCAAGAUUCGGCACAGCCAAAUCUCCCCAAAGAAUUAGAGUAGCUGCAUUGGCGGGGAAAGCGCAAGAAGCUCAGCAGCAAUGGCGGAGCAGGCGGUCACCGGGAGGUACUGGUGCCACAUGUGCGCCGUGGCGGUGAGCCCCGCGGGGGCGGCGGAGGGCGAGGUGGAGAUCAAGUGCCCGCACUGCCACAGCGGCUUCCUCGAAGAGAUACAGACCGCUCGCAGCGCCGCGGCCGACGACAGCGACGGCGGCGGCGAGCCUCACUUGUACCCCGGCGCGGACCGUCCGAGCUCCGUCUGGGCGCACGACAUCCUCAGCACGGUCGACAGUUCCGUCCGCCGCCGUCGCAAUCGGCGGCAACCGGAGGCCGGCGACGUCCAGGACUGGGACGAGCACGAGUUCGCGCGACGCCGGCGGCGCGUCACCGCGUUCCUGCGGCUCCUGCACGAUCUCCGGGAGCGCCAGCUCCAGCGACUGGAGAUGGCCGCCUCCUCCGGCGUCGGCGGCGUCGGCGGCGUCGGCCUUGAUGCCGAGCACGUGAGCCCUUUCGGCCGAAGCCUCUUCUUCGCCUCCGCCGGCGGCGGCGAGCAGGGCGUGGUGCUGGGCGACUACUUCCUCGGUCCCGGCCUCGAUGCCCUGGUGCAGCAGCUGACCGAGGGCGACGCGGGGCGUCACGGCACACCUCCGGCAAAGAAGGAGGCCGUCGAGGCGAUGCCGACAGUGGAGGUCGACGGCGAGGACGCGGCCAGCUGCCCGGUCUGCCUGGAGGACUACGCAGCCGGCGAGCGCGCCCGGGAGAUGCCAUGCAGGCACAGGUUCCACACCAAUUGCAUCGUGCCGUGGCUUGAGAUGCACAGCUCCUGCCCCGUCUGCCGGUUCCAGCUGCCGGCCGACGAGGACAACAAGAGUUCGUGCGGCAGUGGCGGCGGCGGCCAUGUCAGUGCCAAUGCUGAUCACGAUGGUAAUGACGAUGGCGAUGGCGAUGGCAGGGCAGUCGCAGCAGGCAAUGCCGAGCCGGAGCACAAUGGCACUGCGGAAGCAGAACAGAACGGCAGGCGGUUGCCGGCAUCCAUACAGUGGCUCAACAGCAUGUUCUCGCCGUCAGCGCCGGCAUCAGGCAGGGGCAGUAGCGGCGGCGGCGGCGGCGGCAGCGGCUCGCAGUACUGGGAGGAUUGAGCAAUGUGGAUGAUGGCUGCUGGUUGAGCCCCUCGGUGGCAAUCAAUGUACAUAAGAGAGAAGCAUGCUGAGUUGGUGCCAUGGAAAUUUGGAGCCUUUUUGUUUGUCUAUGUUAGAUUUGCUCUUGUAAUAUUAUGUGUGAUACAUCUAUUAACCUAUAUAUUUUUUAGA